AUGCCGACCCCGCAACCUCUCUCCCUCACGCUCAUCCUCGCCGCAACUCCCUCCCUCGGCAUCGGCCGUGCAGGCACUCUCCCCUGGCCGCAGCUGCGCAAGGAAAUGGGCUAUUUUAAGCGUGUGACAUCGCGCGUGCCCUCUUCUGCUUCCCCUAGCACCUCCGCGAGAAGAAAGUGCAACGCCGUGGUCAUGGGCAGGAAGACGUGGGAUUCAAUUCCUCCGAAAUUCAGACCGCUCGACGGACGGGUGAAUGUUGUCGUUACGAGGACCCCGGAGGCUUUUGUCGCGCAACAAGGCGAUGAGGGGAGGGAUGGAGUGGAGGCCGCGGGCAGUGUGGGCGCGGCUUUGGAGCGGUUGCAGAAUUAUAACUCCCAGCCUGGCGAGGAGGGGCUGGAAAUUGAAAGAGUAUUCGUGAUUGGUGGCGCAACGAUAUAUAAUGCAGCGCUUCAGCUACCGCAGGCGGAUCGCGUGUUGCUUACGAAGAUUGAAAAGGAUUUUGAGUGUGACACUUUCUUUUCGGUGGAUCUGGACAGGAGUGGGGAAUGGAAGAGGAGUACGAAGGAGGAGUUGGAGGACUGGACGGGAGAGAAGACGGAGCCUGUUGAGGAGAAGGGGGUAAGAUUUGAGUUUGGGAUGUAUGAGAGGGUGACACGGUGA